AUGGACGACGAAAUUGAGAUUGAUGCAGGUGGCGUAUCAAGGGCAUUUUUCCAUCUGUUGAUGGAAAGAUUGAAACAAGGACCAGGUGGAGCUAUCAAUGUUUUUGAAGGACUACCAGGGCACCUAGUACCAAUCCACAAUUAUGAUGUUUUGUCAGGUGGUUUGUUCAUCCUUGCAGGCAAAAUGAUUCCUCAUGCCAUCUUGAAUGACUGCAAUGGUGUCCCAGGAAUUUCUCGAGCUGUAGUCUCAUAUAUAAGCACUGGAAGUCGAGAUUCAGCAGUGGAAUAUAUUACUUUGGAAGACAUUCCAGAUCCAGAUUUAAAAGAAAAACUCAGCCAGGUUUGUUUCAUUUUAAAAAUAUUCAUGGUUGCAAAAACAUUCAGCUCUAGAUUUUAUAAUAGAUAGCAAGGUCAUGUUGGGUGUCUAGGUUCAUAUUGUCUUUGGUGACUUCAUUAGUCAAAACAAGGUGAACAUAAAAUAAGGUGCAAUGUGUCAUAGUUGGUGUCGGAAGAAGCAAGAUGCCCAUUAAGAGAAUCCUAUUACCGGUACUUGUAUUCAAAGAACAGUCUUGCACACAGUAAACGAAUGCCAGAAUUUGUCUGUAAUGUAUCAUUUUGCAACAAAGUCCAAUUUUUACAAUAUUUGUAAUACUUUUCAUGCACUAAACUUUUAGUGCAGUUAUGGUAAUGUUUGAUUAUUUAAUGUUUCUCUGUGAACAGCUUUUUCAAUGCAAAAAAGAAUUUUUGGCAGAUUUCACCAAUCCAUCAAGCUCCAUGAAUAUCUCAGAGCUGCUGACAUCUGCUGGCUACCCUCAUAUAAGUGUAACAGAGGAGAGAAGACACCUAGCAUAUGAGUGCCUUUUGUUGUAUGAAGUCAUCACAAAGCGCAUCCCUGCCUUAGAUGACUUGAGGAAGGGACUGGCUUCUGUUAAAGUGUCACAAACAACACUCCUCGAUUUACUUGGGAAACUUCCUGACGUUCAGCAACGUGUGUUUCCUCCACACACUGGCAAAAUUGAUAUUAUGAUGCUCAAGUUACAUUUGGAGUGGAGAGAAACUGCUGAUCCUGUAAACCAAGCAGCUCAACAGUUUUUUCUCCAAUAUAUAGAUGAAUUACAUGAGAAAGGUGAUCCUAACAGUAUGACUAUCUUUAUACAAUAACCUAAUAACCCUGACACUUAGCUAAAAUUGAUGAUGGUGAUGAUGAUGGUUGUCAUACUCAGUGAUAACUGUAUUGGGAUUCUCUGUUGGUGUAAAUGUUGAUGGUUUUCUACAAUGAUACAGACUGUAGUUUAGUGAUUUAGUGAAGAGGCUCAUAACAAAGAAAAGUAUGAUUUACAUGGGAUCAAGGACUUGUAAAGAAAAUUGAUAAUGUAUUUACAUGACAAACAAAUUCCCCCAAAAUUGGAAGGCAGUUAAAUUAUGAAUACAGUGCACUUCCCUGGUUAGCUGGGUCACAAACAAGAAAAUCUUACUGAAAUUAUUUGUUUCAACAACAGAUGGUGCUGAUAACAAUGAAACAUUAGAAGACAUGGUACUAUUUUGGACUGGAUGUCCAUCACUACCCCCAGAUGUAACCACCAAGUUACUCGUGAAGUACCUUGAAAAUCAUCCCAGCAAAGUUUUGGCAGAGUCCAGCACUUGCACUCUGGAACUUUCUAUCCCAGUAGUGCACAACGAUUACAGUGUAUUCAAGGAUUACCUUAAUAAGAGUAUUUCAUAUGGCAAACUUGGUUUUGGCAAGAUAUAG